CGGUUUCCUCCGUCUUCACAUCACAACAUGGAGCUUGUACCUGCGUCCCGCUUGACGUCGUCGCAGGCAGCACAGCUCCUCGAGCUCGUCACGAUCUCGAUGCAAAACGAGCCGCCCAUGGUGGCGAUCGACCCGGACAGCGCCGACCACCGCUACGUCAUCACAAAGUGGCUCACCGAGAAGCGCUUGUCCGGGAACGUCGCCGCCUCGUACGUCUACCUCGAUGACACCGGCCGCGUCAUCGCGCACGGCAUUCUGUCGCCGCCCGGCGUCGGCGCGCCGGCCCCCACAACGCUGUGGCAACGGCUCGUGAGCGGCUUCAUUUUCGCACCCUACUACAUUGGCUGGACGGCGUAUCGCCGGCUGCAGUUGCUCAUGGGCGACUUUCACGGCGCCGGCCCCGACGCCUACAUGCUGCAGGCGCUCGCGGUGGACCCGACGCUGCGGGGACAAGGGAUUGGGACGCGCUUUGUGCAAAGUCUACUGCACGACGCACUUCCUGCAGGCGCGACCGUCCAGCUCUUCACCCAAGUCGAGCGCAACGUCUCGUUCUAUGAAAAACUCGGUUUCCGCACCAUAGCGACGGCGACGACGACUGUCGAAGAGUACUCGUUCCCGAAUUUCGUCAUGACCGCGACGCUCUAACUUUA